AUGAAUAGUGAACCACGUCAUAGAGCAUAUCUUUUUCUUACACUUCCAAAAAUAAGAGAUUAUCCAUUAUACUAUCAAAUCAUCACAAAUCCUAUAGCUAUGGACACUAUUAAAAAAAGAUUAAAAGGAAUUUAUUACAAAACAGUACAACAGUUUAAAGAGGAUUGGCAUCUAAUGUUUAAUAAUGCUAGAGCUUUUAACGAAGAAGGAUCACAAAUUUAUAAUGAUGCUGAUAAGAUGCAGGAGGUACUUGAUAAAAAACUUGAAGAACUUUGUCCAGGUGGUGAAUUACCAAAAACUUCUACUGAUGACAUGAUCUUAUAG